AUGUCGAUCGUCACUCUACCUAUCGAGGUUCUCACUCGUAUUUCCGAAGCUACUAUGCCUGAAGGGUUCGAAAACUUCUCAUUGGCAUGCAAGACAUUUUACGCCGUCAGUGCUCAGUUUUGCGAGAAGCAUAAUCGGUUCAAGGAGAGAUACACAACUUUCAGAUACGACAAUUUGUUGUAUCUUGACUGGUUAGAAGACGAAAGAGCACACGGGGUCGGGGUAUUUCAGGACAAGUUACCCGUGGAAAUGCACUACGUUAAAGGCGCCGCCGAGAUUUUCUGCUUUUCGGCUUUGGAGCUCCUUCAUCAAAUUUCAGAAGAGCCUUCAAUUGCCCGUUACAUUGCGGAUUUCACAACCGUCAAUGACAUGUUUGGAGAUUGCACAACUUCCGAAGCAGCCAAAUAUUUCAAGAAUCCAUUCGUUCAAGAUCGUCUUAAGCAAAUUGCUUCAUCACAAAAUCUGCUUAUAUUGUUGGAAGAUUUGCCUUACUUGCAAGAUGCUGGCGCAGAUGCUUUGGAAGUCAGAGACUAUCUGAUAUGGGAGUACUCUUCUGGUAUUGGGGACGAUCUUGCGACUGCCCUGCUUCUCACACUACUUCCCAAUGUCACCAAGGUCAAAACUUAUACUGGGUAUUAUUUUUCUAGAACCUGCGAUGCUGGCAUACCCGCAAACUUUGAUCGAAUAUUAACCCUCUAUGGUAACUUAUUAUGGCGGAAUACGCAGGAUUCAAAAUAUCGAGGUAACCCUUCCGCUAGUCUGCAAAAAUUGGAAUGUUUGGCGAUACGUUGGUUCGCAUGGGAGGACAAUUCGCUUCUGGAAUGCGACAUCUUCUUGUGCCUGGAAAAGCUCAAAGAUUAUGCAAUGGGCGAAUUUGAUCAAAAUCGCAAAGCAGACACGUCAUUGGAAGUGGAUGAACCGCCAGAACUGAGAGGGCCAAGAGAACAUUCUGAAUCUGUCGCUCUCCACGAAUCUUUCCGGAAUGAAAAUCAACUUCAGACUUUUCUAGCUAGACUUCCCAAGCUCCGGCAUUUCUCUUUUAGUUACAGCGAUACACCCUCCUAUGAUGUACCUCUUGAUUCCGAAAGUAUCGUAGCUACUAUCGAACAAUCAGUAGGCGCAACUCUUGAAGAGCUGUCCUUCAACAUAGAAAACGAGCAAGGUAAUCGCCCGCAGAGAGGGAAAGCAAUCCAAUCAAUGAAGUCCUUUAAGAAACUGAAAGUUCUGGAAAUACACUUCAACACCUUCUUUGAUUACGACACUGAACCUAAGAUUGCCGAACAUCGAGCUUAUUUUUUUCAUGACGAUUAUGACUUGGGAGAUGCAUUUGACUUGAGGUCAGAAUCCGAUGAUACGAACGCGAGGCAAAUUUGGAGCUCCAACCCGAACGAUAAACCCGUGGGAACGAUCUACGAAAGGGCUCCUUUACUUGGCGACAUACUACCUUCAACAAUUGAAAAUUUCACUUUGCACAUUUCUAACAUCCUUAUGGCUGCGAAGUUUUUGAAGCCAGCACUUCUGGAUAUUGUCAAAGACGGAAGCAAAAAGCUGCCGAAUUUAAAAAAGAUUUCACUUCGUUUUACUUGUCGAGCCCCAAAUUCGCGAGGGGUACCCACCCUCAGAGAACGCGUCCGGAAAUUGAAUGAUGAACAGCGAGAUGUGAUAGAAUGGUCGUGUUAUUGCGAAAAGAUUGAAUGGGAUGUCGGAAGUGGACCAGAUAUGAGAUCUAUUAUGGCGGACGCAAAGCUUGGUUUGCUGAAGAGAAAUAAUGGGGGUUUGUGA